UAUAGUGCAGGAAACCCCGUCCGCUCUUCCUUUCUCAACAUGGCACCGAAGGUGAAGAAGGAAGCUGUCCCUGCCAAGACUGAGGCCAAGUCAAAGGCCCUGAAGGCCAAGAAGGCCGUGCUCAAAGGUGUCCACAGCCAGAGGAAGAAGAAGAUCAGGACUUCUCCCACCUUCCGUCGCCCUAAAACCCUUCGUCUUCGCAGACAGCCCAAGUAUCCACGCAAGAGUGCUCCUCGCAGGAACAAGCUGGAUCACUACGCCAUCAUAAAGUUCCCUCUAACAACAGAGUCUGCUAUGAAAAAAAUUGAAGACAACAACACACUUGUGUUCAUUGUUGACAUUAAGGCCAACAAACAUCAAAUCAAAAACGCAGUCAAGAAGCUGUACGACAUCGACGUCGCCAAAGUCAACACGCUCAUCAGGCCCGACGGCGAAAAGAAAGCGUACGUUCGUCUCGCACCAGAUUAUGAUGCAUUGGAUGUUGCGAACAAAAUUGGCAUCAUCUAAAGUGGCUGGAAAACUUGUAGAGGAAUAAAUAUUUGUAAAAACUUG